AUGGCGCCCGACCGUACAGGAAAGAGCGUUUUCCUAGGGAACAUCCCCUACAAUCUUACUGAGGAGCAGGUCAAAGACAUCCUCAGUACAGCGGGGAUCGUCACCAAGUUCCGAUUGAUGAUGAACCCCGAGACAGGCAAACCUAAAGGCUAUGGAUUCGCAGACUUUGCAGAUGCUGAUUCCGCUGCAUCAGCGGUGCGAAACCUCAAUGACCACGAGAUCAUGGGCCGCAAGAUUCGAGUCGACUGGCCUCACAACAAUGAGAAAGACUCCGUUCCACCUGACUACUCGCAACAAUCCCAACCCACGCCUCAAGAUUCGCGCUGCGCCACUUCCCCGCUCCCACCGGGAAUUGAGCUUCCACCGAACCUCGACUGCCCCAAUGUUAUUUCUCACACUCUCGCCUCUCUCCCUCCAAGCCAACUCCUUGACGUGCUCAACCAAAUGAAGCAACUUGCUGUUGCCGAUCCUGCCCGUGCUACAGAGCUUCUUCGGCAAGCACCACAGCUGGCAUACGCCAUUUUCCAGGCUCUGCUGCUCAUGAAUCUCGUCGAAUACCAGCUCCUCGGAUCCAUUGUGGAACAAGCUGCUCAACCUGUGGCUCCUCAAGCACAUCCGCAGUGGCCGCAAUAUGGUGGUCUUCCUGCUCAGACUUCGACACCCCCUGUUGCUGCAGCUCCAUUCGCGCCUCCACCUGCACAACCUGCUCCACAAGCAGUCCCUGGCCAAGAUGAGCUUUUACAGCAAGUACUCACUAUGCCACAAGCAACCAUCGAUGCCCUGCCGCCUAUGGAGCGAAGCCAAAUCAUGUUGCUACGUCAGCAGCUUAUGCAAGGUGGCAUGCGAUAA